AUGGCGGACGACCAAAAGCAGAUUCAGGCGCUCAGCGAUGAGUAUCAGCAACUUCAAGCUGAGCUCGAAGAAGCUAUCGGAGCGCGAGAGAAACUUGAAGCUCAGCAGCAGGAAAACACCAGCGUGCAAAAGGAAUUCAAAACGCUAGACGACGAUGCGAAUAUAUAUAAACUCAUCGGUCCGAUACUGUUGAAACAAGACAAGUCAGAGGCUGUCAUGGCCGUCGAUGGCCGUCUUGACUUUAUUGAGAAGGAAAUAAAUCGGAUCGAGAAGCAAAUCGCCGAGGUACAGGAGAAGAGUGAGAUGAAAAAAGGAGAGAUCAUCCAAUUGCAAGCACAGAUGCAACAACAACCACAGGCUGGUGGAGCUCCUGUAGCCGCCUAG